CACACACCUCCCCCUCGUCCUGUUUUUCCUCCUCCCUCCCCUCCACCCUUUUCCCCCCUUCCCACCGGUUUUGCCCCUCGACUACCACACCACACAUGCCGCCCGGCAAGAAGCCCGCCCCGUCGUUGGACGACUGGGCCGAUGACCUGCCGGAGGCCGUCCUCAAGCAGGCGGCCGCCCAGGCUGGCCCCGCGCGCGCGGUGGUCUCCUCCCUCUUCACCAAUAACCCGACGCUCGCCAAGCGCUCGGACCCGCUGCCGGACGUCAGCACCCUCGAGCGUACGAACGCCGCGUUGGCCGAGGCCAACUUCGACACCAUGGGCCUAGACCCGCGGGUGGUCCGCGCCCUGCGAGAUCGCCUUGGUGUCCAGCGUCCGACAGCCAUCCAGCACCAAGCCAUCCCGGCCAUUCUCAGUGGACAGGAUGUCAUCAUGCGCGCGCAAACCGGCUCCGGCAAGACGCUGUCCUUCCUGCUGCCGAUUCUGCAGCAUCUUUUGACCCUGUCGCCGCAGGUCUCCCGCGGUGAUGGCGCGCUGUGCAUGGUGAUUGUGCCGACGCGCGAGUUGGCCGCCCAGACCCAGGCGGUGCUGGAGCGCCUAAUCCAGGCCGCCGGCUGUGUGUGGAUCGUGUCCGGGGCUCUGGCCGGUGGCGAGCGCCGCAAGGCCGAGAAGGCUCGCCUGCGCCGGGGGCUGAACAUUGUCAUCGGCACGCCGGGUCGGCUGAAGGAUCACCUGGAUCGGACGGCCGGCAUGGACCUUUCGCAGGUUGGGUGGGUGGUGCUGGAUGAGGCGGACCUGCUUCUGGAUCUGGGUUUCGAGAAGGACGUCCGUGAGAUCCUCAAGACCAUCGACGAGCGUCGGGCUGUUCGCCGGAUCGGCGUCCCGCGGGAUCGGCGUCAGACUAUCCUCUGCUCGGCCACCAUCUCCAAGCGCCUGCAGGCCAUCACGCAGUCGGCCAUGGAGUCGCCGGUGUACAUCUCCACCGACGAGACUCUGGUGGCCGGGGCUCAGCCGGCACCGGAUGCCGAGGCCGCCAGCACCACCGCCCCGAUGGUGAUUGAGCCCGCCCCCGACAUGGCGCCCGAUGCCGGGUCGGAUGUUGCCGGCGAUGCCCCCAGUAAGGAGGGCGAGGAUGCCAAGAUGGUGGACACUGAGCUGGGUGAGCGCUUCCACGUGCCGGCGCAGCUGCUGCAAAUCUACUAUGAGCUGCCGACCAAGCUUCGUCUGGUGACGCUGGUGACGCUGCUGCAAUCGCGUCUCGGCGUGACCGAGGAUCAACUCCAGCGCCUGGACCAGACGCUCGCCGCACAGGCGGCUUCCGAGACCGCCGGUCCGGAGGGUGCCGAUGCGGAUUCGACCUCCAAGCCCACGGCCGCGACUCCCAAGCCGGCUGGCACGGCUCCCAAGUCGGCCGCGGCGCUGGCCGCCGAGAAGGCCCUCGGCAAGCGGCCCUCGGCCACGGACAAGCCCGCGACUGAUGGCGCGCCGCCGGCUGCGGAGCCGGCCGAUCCGGCCCUCGGCUUCGCGGAUCCCAAGCGUGGCAUUGUCUUCCUCAGCACCACCGACAGUGUGGACUUCCACUUUGCCCUGUUGACUCAUGCGGCCAGUCGGCCGGUGCGCAUCGACAACUCCGGUGCGGUGGUCCUCUUCGGGGAGAAGCCCGCCGAUGGCGAAGCCGCUGGCGACGGGUCCGGCAGCGAUUCCGACGACGACGCCGCCGCCGCCGGGGCCCAGGGGUCCAGUGCUUCCGGGCCGGCCGACCCCGACCAGGGUGCGUCUCUCUUCGAUUCGGACGAGGAGGAUGGCGGUGCGGCUGGAGGUGGGUCGCGCGCGGCGCGGGCCCGUCGCCAGGGCCGUGCUCGGCACAUUGCAGAACUGUCGAGCUCCUUCGACCCGGUGACCGGGAAGCCUCUGCAGCGCCAGGCGGCGUUGACCCUGUCGGCGUGGGCCACGGCCCCGAUCCUCGGUGGGGCACGGGUAUACCGCCUGCAUGGGGACAUGGCGCAGGCCGAUCGGAUGGCCACCUUCCGAGCAUAUCGCGAGGGCGCGGCCCGGGGUGAGGCGGCCGUGCUGCUUUGCUCGGAUGUGGCCGCGCGCGGAGUGGACCUGCCACAGGUGGACUUCGUGGUGCAGUACGACGUGGCCACCAGCGUGCGGGACUACGUCCACCGGAUUGGCCGGACCGCGCGUGCCGGGCGCGAGGGGACGUCCAUUGUCUUCCUGAUGCCGCACGAGGCAGCCGGGUACACGGAAUUCCUGCGCACCAACCAUGAGUUGGUCCUUCUCCGGUCGGACUAUGAGGCCAUGCUGAUUGGCACCUGGGGCGGUCGCGCCAAGCGCGCGCACCGGCUGGCCGUCAAACAGGCGGUAGACCGGGCUCAGCGGCGUGCGGGACCCACCGCGCGGCUGAAGCACGAGGAGCGGGAGCGCAUUCGUCGCGCGGUGCGCAUGCCGGAUUGGCGCGAGCUGUUGACCGGCUUGCAGCGGUCCUUCGAGCGGCAGACGUCGCACCGAGCGUUCCACAAGCUUUCUGUCCGCGCGCUGCGGUCCUACAUUCGUGCGUAUGCCACGCAUCCGAAGGCCAUGCGGGCCUUCUUCCACCCGAAGCAGCUCCAUCUGGGGCAUUUGGCCAAGAGGUACGUCUCCCCGGGGUCUUUUGGUGGCAUACCUUUGGUGCGGGUGCCCGCCGGGUGACAGGGGACAUUUACUCACAUUGGCAUGUGUUCAGCUUUGGCCUGGUGGAUGCGCCGUCUCGCUUUGCCGCCGGCAAGGGCAAGGCCGCCAAGGCUGCCUCCGGCGGUGGUGGUGCUGGCGGCGGCGGGUCUUCCCACUCUGCGAGCGCCGGGAAGAAGUCCGCCAAGGCCCUGGCGGCCGCGGAGAAUGCAGGCACGGCAGCCAUCGCCGCACACGAGUACAACCGUCUCUCCUUCGUGAAGCCCGUGCACGUGGCCCGCGAGGAGGUCAAGCGUGCCAAGCGCAAGGCGGCCUCCGAUGAGUUCGGCAUUAGUGCCGGCAUCGGUGGCAUGCUUUCGGGUCCGAUGACGCGCAAGGCCAAAAAGCAGCGUUGAGGCUGCCCUCCUCCCCCCCCUUCUUGUGUUUCCGGACCGGUCCGAGUGUCGCUCUUUCCUCUCUCUCUCUCUCUGCCCAUCCUCAGAAUCACGGAUAGGCUGGCCUCAUUAAAGAUAGACGCGCAUGUGCCUUGGCCGGGUCUCUCCUGCUGUCCUUCAUGUUGCCCGUGGCCGUGGUGAGAUGAAGACGGA